UUAGAUUUCUGUCUCUGUCAAUCUAACUGGUUGCAUUGUUUUCAUGGUUCGCAGUGCCAAAAUGGACGAAUUAGGGCUUCCUCUGAGAAUGUUUGAGGCGGGUUCCGAACCAUCAGGGCGGAAACGGGUUAAUAACUACUUCAACCUACGGUGGAUUGACCUCAUAAAGAAUGCACUAGAGGAAGAGGACUUGGAAAUGUUGAAUCAGUCGCAGUUCCGGAGAGUUUUGCAGAUGGGGUCGCAUACUUUCUCAGUAAUGUUCCUCCAUUACUGCCUCUCACGCCAGUUGGUCACUGCAAAAGAGUUUGAACUUUGGUGGAUCUUCGUUGGUAAGCCGAUACGCUAUGCCAUACAAGACUUUGCUAUGGUGACCGGACUAAACUGUGGCGACGGGGUUGGACUAGCUGGAGAACCCCCCGAGAAAGGUAUCGGGCGAGGAAAGGCGUCCGGUAAAGGGAAAUCGUCUAUGUCAAUAUGGGAUGAUUUAUUUCGUGGGGAGGAGAAGCCCACACCUGGAUGGAUCAUGGACCGUCUUGUGAGGGGUAAAAAAUACAAGGAUCGGUUAACGCGUUUGCGGCUUUCGUUGUUGGUUUUGGUGGAAGGAAUUCUGUGUCCAACAUGUGGGACAACAAAUAUCAGACCCGAAAUAGUGAGCAUGCUUGGUGAUCUUGACGCUUUCCUGAAGUAUCCAUGGGGCAGGGAGUCAUUUUUACUGACGGUGAGAAGUACGAAAGCAAGAUCUGCAGUAAAUUAUGUGAAGGAUACAAUGGCCCUUCAAGGGUUUACUCAUGCGAUGGUAUUGGUGACUGUCACUGCAUGUCCUUCUAUCAUUAUUAAGACUGGCGGUGCGGAUCCUCUAGCAGAUUCCAACUUGUCCAGCGAAGAGAUUAUCAGGAGAGUUGUUGAAAGAAAGGUGGUAGUCAACAUUGUCUCGGCCAAGUCGGUUGAUCAACUGGGACAGGUUAGUCAGCGUCGUUGUCUAUUUUAUACAGAAACCUUUCCAUUUAUCAAUUUAUACCAUACUAUUUCGCUUACAAAAACAUUCCCCUGUUUUUAUUUGACCAGACUACUUACUUAUUAUUUCAUGCCUUUCAAUGUCCUGUAUUUGUGUUGCAGGCAUAUGUCCGGUCUUUGAUUAGCACAGAUGAAGUGGGUGAGGAUCUUUAUCGUGGAUUGGGAGAUAAGGAAGAUACGAGUGUUGAUACCAUGGUUGCUUUGAUUGAGGAUGAUUACCCAUUUGAGCAUAACACUUGGUCAGGUGGUGUGAAAGCGGAUGAUGUUAAAGUGAAGAAGGGUCAUGCACAAACGUCGGAGUCAAGUGAUGAAAAUGUUCCUGACCCGGUUGAAAAGGAUAAUGCUCAUCGUGGUGGCGUAGAGAGUGGUGGUUACGCUGGAUAUCCGAGAGGUCAAUCAUCAGCUAACCCCUCGGGUGCCCCGCAUGGUGGUGAGAGUUUCCAUGUUGAUGUCGAAACACUACUUAGGCGUGCAGCUGAGGUUUACGAGGAUAAGGUAAUUGCAAUGUUUGAGGGUUAUAUUCUGAGCUUGAAGGGACAUUUUGAUUCUGAAGUGGGAGGCCUUCGAACCGACUUACAAGCAGCUACCACCUCGAUUGCCCAUUUGGAAACUACGGUCACAGGGGCGUUUGAUAAGAUCAAUCAGUUACUUAAGUCUGGGCCUAGCGGUGCGGAUAUGGGAGCAACGUAUGGGUUUAGUCCUGCGAGACAUUCGUCACCAUUCCGAGGUCAGAAUGAUGAUUUCAACUAUACAGAGGCUAAUCCCGAUCAACACACUACACAUAGUGGUGUUCCACAGGUAAAUCUCAGUACAAUGAAAUUAUUAUUUUAUAUUAUGUCAUUCCAUUAUAUUGCCAGACUAUUCCAUAGCAUUUUAAUUGUUUGAAUUUUUCUCUAGUCAACACCGCGAGAUGGAGACGCUGCUGCGGCAACAGAGACCGCCUCCGCUGGUUUGGGACAGAAUCUGGAUGAAGGGGAAAUGGGUGAAGGACUACCUACGGGUAAACAGACCGAGUCAACUCAUGGAGCCGAAUUAAGAGCGGAGACAGGGGUCCAUCAUGGGGGAGAUGCUGACAUUGGAAACGUGGAGGUGGGCGACCAGGGGGGAGAUGCUAGCAGUGGACAUGACCCCAUAAACGUGGAGGUUUGUCCUUUAAAUUCUGUUGUGUAUUAUAACAUUAUAUGCAGCUGAUGGAAGUAGACUAUUUCCAUACUAUUUUACUUUAACACUGACAUUGCCAUACUAUUUUAAUUUAGAAUCCCUCGUCUUCAGUAAACGUCGCAGCGCCUGACAAUUCUGAUGCCGCCAAUCCUCCUUCUCGAGUUGAUGUGGUAAGAAUGAGUAGAAACCUGAUAAGCACUCAAAUUGUCGGCUUUGUCUUAAUAAUAUAAUAAUGUAUAUUGGCUCAGUUAAUUGAAAAAUGUGGUUAAUCUAUAUAGGACGAAGUGAAUGUAUCAUCGGAACACCGCGUUGAUGACCCAGUGUCUGGCGUCGUUAAUAAAAUAGUAUCGGAAGCGGGCAUUGAUAAAGUAAGUUCUGUAGUCUAUAUUUCCAUUUAUAAAUCUACAUACCUACUCCAUUUGGUAAUGGAUUCUAUUCUAUGUCUAUAUUGGUAGAACCCGGUCCGACCCUCCGCUGGUUCUGGAAAUGAUGUACCUCAGACAUCAUCAGAUGUCAAUCCGGAGAAAGUGGGUCUUGAUGGUGUCCAUGACGAUCGUGGUAACGCUACUGUUGCGAAUAAGGGUGAGGAUGCGGAUGAAGAUGAUGUUACAAUUACUAAAGUUCAGGUAUAAUGCUUGACCUUCUUCCCAGCUCAAAUGUAAAGUGUGUUUGCAGAGGUGAUAAAUUUAUGUUUAUAGGCUGGAGAUAAGAACACUGAUGCAGCCGGUGGUCAAGCUGAUGGUGGCAGACGUUUUAGUAGACGUACGCAUAUAAGUACGAAACGCUACACUCCUCCUGCACCCCCCGUCCGUAAGAAAGAUGGAAACAAGAAAGUGGCGCGUCAAACUGAUGAUAAUCCUGCACCUCCUAAACGGGGUAAAAAGGUGGCGGCUGAGCCAAGUAACCCAAAGCCUCGUCGUCAAGAAAAACACACCUUCAUAGGUGGCUUCUCCCCAUUUACUCCGCCAACCCCAGCUGCAAGAGAGGCCUUCAUGAAGACAAUGGCGGAGGCAAAGUAAGUUGACAGAAUACUCUGUGUUACUAUUCCAUUUAAAACCUAUAUAUUCCAUAUGAUAUAAUAUGGUAUAGUCAGGAAAUAUUGAACUAACGGUAUUACCACUAUCCUUCAGAUCAAAUGCGCCAUCCCUCGGGUCAAUCAGUUCCGUUGCUUCUUUGGAUGAUCUGUUCAAUUGCACCGGUGUUUGUUCGUAUGAGGCUGUGGAUCGUGUUGUAGGUUGGAUAAGAAAGAGGCGUGACAGCAAUCCAUCUUCAAAAUUUGACUUCAUCCCUCCAACUUUCUUUAUCGAUCUGAUCCGAAGUUAUCCUGCUUUUGAAGCCAUGCAAGAUAAGUCCGCCUUCACUUUCCCGGUGUCUCUGCGCAGUCAGUUCAUGCACCGGCCACAGUGGUUUACGCAAGUAGACUUUCUCUACAGUCUGAUUCUGGUUAAAGACAGACACUGGGUUGGUAUGAUCGUAGAUUUGCCUAUGUGGGCCAUCUAUGUGGUGGACGCGAACCAGACAUGUCCUCCUAUUUCAGUGUUGAAAGAUGUUGUCAACCCGAUAUCGAUUAUGAUGCCGCACAUGGUAUCGAGGUUCUGUCUAACUUCUCGAGCUCGUGAGUUGAAUUACCUUCCGUUCCCCAUCUCUCGCUUAGACAUACCAGUUCUACUUGAACAUCCAGGUACUAAUCGCCUCUAAUUUAAAUUUCUGGUUUACUGGACGGCACUAUUCCAUACGCUUAUCGUACUAUACUUUCUGAGGCAACUAUUUUACCAUUCCACGCAGUAUUUAUAGUAAUCCAUUUCCUGUUGUUAGGGUACGCCGCGGUUGUGGCACUGAUCAUGUUAGAAAUUGCUGCCGUGGGGAAGCCUUUGCUUGAUCUGGCUCUGACUGAUGAGGAGGUCCGUAUUGCAGCGGAGAACUAUGCGAUCUCUACCCUGUGUAUGUUUAAGGUGGUCACCCCUAAUCCUGCAGUUUAGUCGUUCUCAGAACUGUACUACUUUAUGUUCAUUCCUGUUUGAUGUAAUCCACAUUCUGUUGCUGAAUUCCCUUUCUCCUACCUCUUUAUGUUUUACUCUGUAAUCCUUUGUUUCUUCAGACUAACAAACGAUGAUUUCUUAUGUUUAAUUUAUGAUGUACUCAGUCCCGGGUUUCUUUAUUCCAUCCAAUUAACAUAGUAUAUUUUCGGGAGUUAGUGUUUACCCUUUAGAGUACUGAUAGUACAACAUGUGGAAGGAAGGAUAUGCUCAGUUACUCUCUCUUAAGUCAUACCCAAGUUUAUGUUCAUCUACAAAAUCCAAUGUGAACUAAACACAUUCCAUCUAUGUUCCAUACUGUUUUGUCAAUCUUCCGGUACUAACUAUUCUAUAUUUGACGAUUGAUAAAUUAACAGUGGAAGGAGUAAUGGUACUGUCAAUAUGAUUAAGGGGUCGGGGAGGGUUUGGGUUUAGUUUUCAAAAAUGGUGGGGUUGUUGGUGAUUACGUUUGUAUCAUACAAGUGUGUAUUGUAUUGGGUUUAGUGUUUAGGGGUGGGGGGUGGGGUGGGGGGUUUGGGUUUAGUUUUCCGUACGGGUUGGUGUGUUAUGUUUAGUAUUUCGCAUGGUCACGACUUCGAGGACUAAUUAUAGUAUAGUACUGGCAAAAACAGUAUGGCAUUAACAAUGUAAACACUAAAUGCUUGUCAGAUAUGUGGACAUAGUACAUAACUGCACAAUUGAUAUUACACCAAAAUAAAGGUCUACCGGUGUUCUGUACAACAACCACAACAUGUCUACAAAAGGCCUUCCUAUUAGGUUUAGGGUUUAUGGGGGUGGGGUGGGGUUUGGGUUUUGUUUUCCAUACGCGUUGGUUUGUUGUGCUAAGAUGGAAAUGUUAACGUGUGUACAGGUAUGGGGCUUAACUGUAUAGAAUUCCUUUUGUCUGCUUUAUUCGUUUGUCUGCUUAUGUAGUAUAGUCUUACACGAAAUGGUAUGGUACGUUAGUUCUAAGAUUUUUACGUAACCGUGUGGAUGUUAUGUUAACUAUUUCGAUGGGUAAGGACAUAUAGGACUAAUUAAAGUAUGGUAUUGGUAGUAACUGGUAUAGUAUGGUACGUAAGACCCACUAAAUGCUUCUAAGAUAUGUGGACAUACUACAUAACUGCAUUAUUAAUAUAACACAAAAGAAAGGGUCUACCGGUGUUCCGUACAACAACAACAACAUGUCACACCGGGGUCAUUGUAUUGGGUUUAGGGUUUAUCGGGGUGGGGUGGGGGUUUGGGUUUAGUUUUCCGUACGGGUUGGUUUGUUAUGUUUAGUAUUUCGAUUGGUCACGUCUUCGAGGGCUAAUUAUAGUAUAGUAAUAGCAAUAACAGUAUAGAAUAAACAAUGUAAACACUAAAUUCUUGUCAGAAAUGUGGACAUAUUACAUAACUGCACUAUUAAUAUUACACCAAAAUAAAGGUAUACCGGUCUUCUGUACAACAACCACAACAUGUCUAGAAGGGGCCUUCCUAUUGGGUUUAGGGUUUAUGGGGGUGGAGUGGGGUUUGGGUUUAGUUUUCCAUAUGUGUGUACAGGUAUGGGGCUUAACUGUAUAGAAUUCCUUUUGUCAUGGUUAUUCGUUUGUCUGCUUAUUUCAACUUCACCAUAUUGACUUUAAUGUAGUAUAGUCUUACACGAAAUGGUAUGGUACGUUAGUUCUAAGAUUUUUACGUAACCGUGUGGAUGUUAUGUUAACUAUUUCGAUGGGUAAGGACAUAUAUGACUAAUUAAAGUAUGGUAUUGGUAGUAACUGGUAUAGUAUGGUACGUAAGACCCACUAAAUGCUUCUAAGAUAUGUGGACAUACUACAUAACUGCAUUAUUAAUAUAACACAAAAGAAAGGGUCUACCGGUGUUCCGUACAACAACAACAACAUGUCACACCGGGGUCAUUGUAUUGGGUUUAGGGUUUAUGGGGGUGGGGUGGGGGUUUGGGUUUACUUUUCCCUACGGGUUGGUUUGUUGUGCUGAGGUGGAAAUGUUAACGUGUAUGACGAUUUAUAAUAUCACGUUAUAUUGGGUAAUCGUAAUGUGUAUAGGGUUACGGGUGUGAGGGGGGGGGGGCGGGGGUAGGGUUUAGUUUUCAAUAAGGGUGGGGGUGUUGAUGAGGUUUUGGUAUUAUUAAAAGGUGUUAUUGUAAUGGAUUUAGAAUUUAGUAUGAGUGGGGAUGUUGUGUUUAGGAUUUCUAUUGUUAACGGUUCGAAUGUAUUAGUAAUAGUAUAGUACGAAACGCAAAUAGUAUAGAAAAACAACCUACAGGCUUAAGGCUUCUAAGGUGUGAGCAAAUAGCGGAGAACGGCAUUAUUAAUAUUAGACAAAAGAGAAGGUCUGGGGUGUUCCGUACAACAACCACAGUAGUUGUGAUUUAAAGGGGUCUGCAUAACAUAAUAUGUACAUACCAAAUAGAUAGAUAUAUAACCGGUAAGCAUAUACCAUUCUAUUUGGUUAAAACACUGUUUUGCCCCGUUUCCACUUCCUGUACAUGCCCUGUCUGUAGACGACACUGGCUACUGCAUAAUCACCCAGUUCCCAAAAUAUUUCUUCGAACUGCCUUCUGCUGCCUUCUCCGUAGUUAUAGCUUAUCAUAUUGGGUUGCGGCAGGAUGCCCUGUUGUGUCCCGAACGGCCACAACGUUUGCAUUUCCUGUUUGACGAGCCUCCUCCUUUCUACAUACCAAAGUUAAACAUAUAUCAUUCUUGCGUAAAUGUAGAAUAUAUAACGUUCCAUAUUAAUAGGUAUUACGACAAUAUUUACAUGUUGUACUUUAUCUUUGGUCCAUUUUAACAAUUUCAUAUUCAUGCUGACUAUUCCAUAAGCUUGGCUAACUAUUCCGUUCUAUGCUUACAAAUUUCAUCAAUGGUAUAGUAGGUUACCUUGUACUCCCCACGUGAUAGGAUGCGGACUUUCCUAGGACGCCCAGGUGGGCGGCGUACUGCUGGUGGAAGUAAUGGAGCUCUAGUUCCAGAUCCGAGUUCUAAUCCACCCACAGAUGGGACCGGAUAGAUUCUUCCGAUGAAGCCUUCGCGCCAUGUUGGUACACGGUAAGCCGUUGCCACCAGCGCAUCUGAUGGAAAUCCAACCCUGGUGGAACAAGCUAGCGCAUGCAUACAGGGUAUCCCUAUUAGUUGAUACUCACCACAUGUGCAAGUACCGGGACCCAAUAAAACUGUGAAGCACUCCCCGGCGGGGUCCUGCACUUGGUAUUCAAGAUCGGCUAUAUCACGUACAGCCAUAGCGGUGGAGAGAUCAAAGUUUUCCUCCACGAGUUUCCUGACAUUUGGGGUGAUAGUUCCUUGCUCCCGGGUUGAUUUCGCUCGACGCAAUGCGAACCAAGACAUAACUGUUGUACGUAUGUACUCAAACAUCGUAAUGAGGGGAUAUUCACGUGCUUCCUUAAGCACCCCAUUCCAGGAUUCAGCUAUGUUUGAAUCCAUGAUGUUGAACCUAUUCCCCCUGAAAUGAACCCUAGUCCACUUGUCGAACCCUGUUAACAACAAUGAUAAGUAGUGGCCAGUUUUAUAUUUAGUACGUUAUUGCAUUGAAUAGAAUGGAAAGUAAGCAAUAUAGUAUAGUAUCUUACGAUACUAUAUAGUAUCAGAUUUAAUCGUCACCUAUAUCAACCAAGUAAGCCGCGCAAUUUGGGCCGAUUUUCUGAAUUUCAAUAAACUUCUUAUUAAAUUCAGUCACGGUGAAAGCUCUUGCAGCAGCGGACAUAAGGUUGGCUAGUCUGCUACUCUUGUAUUUUGCCAUCACAUUUCUCCACAGAUGAACAACACAUAUGACAUGCUGAGCAUGGUUGUAUACCUGUACAAGUACAAAUAUUUUAUAUAGUCAGUUAAUGGUACAUAUAGUAUAGUUGCCAAAUGGAAUGGGCUAACUUUAAAGUUCACUGAAGAUUGUACGGAUAUUUACCUUCCUCAGUCCUGUGGCGAUACUUGGAUGGCGAUCAGAGAUGAAAACUAAACCCGGGGUAUCGACAACAAAAGUUUGUAGCCUCUGGAAAAACCAUUCCCAAGCAUCGUCGUUUUCGCUAUUAACAACAGCAAACGCAAGGGGAAAUAUUUGGAAAUUCCCAUCUUGUGCUGAGGCUGAAAGAAGACACCCACCAUACUUCCCUUUAAGCGACGUUCCAUCAACAACAAUAACUUUCCGCAUACACGAAUACCCUGCCACCGAUGCUCCAUAAGCAACAAAACAGUAUUCAAACCGUGUUCCACCUUCUUCUUCAUCCGUACUUUCCACGUAGCAUACGGUUCCUACAUUAGAAGACUGAAGGAGUGCCAAAUAUGGAGGUAUCAGUGCAUAACUCCCAACCAUGGUCCCCAUUGCAUGCUCCAUCGCCAUCUCUCUAGCUCUCCAAGCUUUCCAGUAUGAAACGUUGACAUGAAAUUCAUCUAGCAAUAUUUUCCUUAUUGCGGCGGCAGUGGGACCCUUCUUAAUACCAACAAAACGAGAUUGCAAUAUCUGGCCAAUCACGAUAGUCGUUGCAAGUUUGUGGUAGUUUCUACGGUCGUCAACGGUGCAAGAGUGAACUAGGUUAGCUUGUCUGACUUGGAAGUUCCCACUGGCAUCUAACAACACCGCAUACACGCGCCAUGGGCAUGCAUCACUAAUGCAUUGUGCAAGUAGUAUGGAAGGGCUUGAACGAGUUGUCUUGAAAUGGAACUUCCGGUUUAUAGCAUGUAUUGCAAGUUUGAUUUUGCAGUCGGCUUUGGAUUUGAAAACACGACCCACAUAAAAGUCAUCUCCCUCGUAUUGGAUGUCGGCCAGAGCCGUGUCAACCCCUACAAAGUCAAUGAAACAUUCAGCUGCAUGUCCAUUAUUUGUAAAAUAUGGAAUUAGAUACUACAUUGCAAAUAUAGUAUAGAAAGUGGACAUUACAAUUCCAUUCUAUGUAAUUGCAUUCCUUAUGAUGUAGCUCUACAUUUGUAUUAACAUAGAAGUUAUUUUUUACCUGUUCCCUCCCGAUUGUUGAAUACAGGUGGAGCAUCCCUUCCAAAAAAAGCUGGCGUAUUCGGGUUGUUUAGCAUCUCGUGGAGUGCUUCAUCAAAUUUACCCCAGUGUAGACCAUCGUCUACAGGUAAUUCUUCAGAAUGAUCUGAACCAGAGUUUGAAUCUCCAACUCCACCGUCAGUGUCUGGAAUGCCAGCAUUUCCAAAUAAUAGACGUCUCCGGACCGGCCUAGACCCUUCUCCGGUUUCACCAACAACCGGGGGAACAACAGGAACGACCAUGUCAUCAUCUGACUCAGACUCGGAUUCUGUAUCCUCUUCGACAGGACGUUUGUUUUUUUCCCUAUCACUCGGGCCUGUCUGACGCCUGGUUGCGCGGGUAAGCUCACCUCUUUCUGUGAUUACUAUUCCACCUGGAGAAUGUGGAAUAGUAGGGAGUCGUUCUUUAGAUCGACCCGCCUUUGCGACAGAAUAGUCGGGCACUUCAUGUGGAAUGGCCUUCGUUUGCGGUUGAGUGAGUGGCAUGGUCAGUGGGGUUUCGGAUAGUGCAAAGGUAUGCCAGUCUUCUUCAUCGAUUCCAUCUACACCAUCCUCUGCCAUAGGCACCCUCUGUUCUGUCUCGCGCUCCUUAGUAAGUAGCUUCCCUCCAUGUGAUUGGCGGUAGAUAGAGACAUAUAGAGGAACUUCUUCAAUAGAUGUCCUCAUGUUUAGAAACACCCCUAUUUCUGUGUCCUCGGUUAUGUACUGAGGCAUUUCGAGCUCCGCAUCUCCAAAGCUCACCCAUUCCGGAUAUUGAUAUGAAAGCUUGAGCGUAGCAUCGGUCGAUGAUAGCUGAUAGCGUUCUCUCACCGAAGUCAAUAACUCUGUCAUCGUCAUCCCGGAGAAAAUCCGAAUGAAAUGUUCUACUUUGGCCGUUAUGUCAGGUUCAAAUAUCCACCGUUGAUCGCUAUCACGGACCCACGUCCCAUGGACAAGUAAGACUUUAUCCUGCCCUGUCAUCUGUAUGUUGGAUGUAAAAAAGUACUAUCUCAGAUCUACAUCAAAUGGUCCAUUCCAUAUUGAGACAAUAAUACAUAUUAAAGAACAUACUGAUCAUCAACUCCAAAUACAGAUAAAUACAAAGAUUAGUUGGUUGUUACUGAUGAUUACCUGGUCGAAUCUGCUGAGCAUUAACUCGUUCUCUCCUUUCACCUUAGUGACUGUCUUUUUCUUACUUAACAAGAGAUGGACAGACUGUCAAAUUAUAUGGAAUGCUAGAUAUUUUCUGAGGGUGGUCUAUUCUCAUCCACAUAUUUACUGAACUCAGUAAAUAGCAUGCGGUUAUUUUCAUGAGGACGUGGCUUCUACUCUCUCCUUAUGAUAUGCACAGUGCAUGGUGAAUGUCAUCCAUUCCUCCUUCCCGCAACGUCAUCUCUUUCUCUAUCACAUCGUCAUCUAUUUAAUUAAUUUCGUAAACGUCAUUUAUCUCUCUCUCACCGAAGACUUGUAAGCGUGGAGGGUAGAACCGGAUGAGGUGAGAGACAAUUGUUACCCAUUUAAUUAUGUCAAAAUCAUGUUCAUAUACUUAAUUUCUCUUCCAGACUUAGCUAUUUCGCCAAUUAGCCCAUAUCAUUAUUGUUAUUAAUACAAGUGGGUUGAAAGAAACAAAAAUAAAAAAAAAACAAGUGGAGCGAUUUAUUUCAAGAAAAUUUAACAGCUGAACGGCGAGUGAGACCGCUUUGGACGCUAAAACAAGACUUUAGAAAGUCAUGUUUGCUGCUUUUCGAAACACACAUGGGACCCCUCCAUGCUCUCCCCCCAUAUCCCUCUCCUUUUCUAAUAACUUCUUUUAACAUUUUAUAAUAUUUUUCAUCAAAAGGAUAGAAUGUAAAUUGUUAAUGUAAUGGUAACAGCUAAGAGAAACAAUAAUAACAUAUUAAUUGUUCUUAUUUACUACUACUAUUUUCUUGUUUUGAAAUGUAUUUACUGUUAUUAGUAUGAACAUUUUCUGCCAAAUUCUAAUAUCAGGAGUGUUCAGCAGCAUUCGAGACUAGAUUCACCAGCAUUUAAGAUUCUUUUUGGUUCAGUUUGUCUUAAUUCUCUUAUGGGACUAUUAUAAGUUAUUUUGUAUAGUUUUAAAAAUGGGCAUGUGGGAUUAUAAUUCAUUAGAUGGAAUCUUCCUUUUGUUCUGACUUCUGACGCAACAAAUGGUCGCAUGUGCUUCACCGAAGCAUUAGAAAAAUAUACAUACACCCUCUGAAUGAUGUGGAGCAAAUUUAACAUUAAAUUUGCCGAUGAUGGAAAUAAUAAUGUUUUCGGCUUUUUCGUAUUAACAAAAUGGCUCACAAUUUUCUUUAUCUUUUACUCAUGCCACAUGUCCAUUCACUACAAGCCUGUUCAAAUGUAACGUUGAAUUUGACGAUGAUGAAAUCUGAAAAUAAUAAUGUUAUUUUCGCUACUACAAACCGGUUCGCGAUAUUAAUACAGAAGCAAAACUUCCAUCCCAGUUAUCCCACGUAAACAUGUCCAUAUCUGCCGGUUUAUGUGUAUUUGGUGAUCGACAAUUCAGCAUAAUACUUUCUGAAAUUAGUAUUAUACAGUAUAUUUUUCUUGCCGAAAGAUUAUAAUAUCACAAGUUAGUUUUUGUCUUUACAGACAAUCACAAGAUAUAAUCUAAUCAUUUGAGAACACUAGCUUUGAAG